GUUCAGUUUCUUCAUGGUAUCAGAGCAGUAAAUCUGAUCCAUUGCGGGCUUGUUUCUUGUAAGCCGUCAUGGCUAACACAGGCAAGAUUUCAGCAUCUGAAGUUUCGUCUGGAUCCGGAGGAAUGGCCGUUCCAAUGUCCAGCAUUCCUGAAGGUCCUAUUCUUCAGAUUACUGGACACAAAUUGAAUGGCCAGAACUUCAUCCAAUAGUCACAAUCAGUUAUGCUGUUCGUUUGUGGAAGAGGCAAGGAAGAUUACCUCACCGGAACUGCAGUGCAACCUCAAGAAACCGAUCUUACCUACAAGAUUUGGAAGGUAGAAAACAGCAUGGUCAUGUCAUGAUUAAUCAACUCCAUGACGAAUGCAACAGGAGAGAACUUCUUGUAUUAUAAAACCGCAAAGGAGAUAUGGGAUGCAGUUAAGGAGACUUACUCCAAUGCUGAGAAUACAUCAGAAGUGUUCGGAAUAAAGAGUAUACUUCAUGAAUUAAGGCAAUAAGAUAUGUCUGUAACAGACUAUUUCAAUGCUUUAACUCACCAAUGGCAGCAACUGGAUAUUCUUGAAGAAAAAUCAUGGAAGUGCUUAGAAGAUUCUCAACAAUACAAGAAGAUUGUUGAAAAAGAUCGAGUCUACCAAUUCCUCCUCGGACUCAACAAAGAUCUGGAUGAUGUAAGGGGAAGAAUACUAAGUAUUAAGCCUCUUCCUAGUGUCAAGGAAGUCUUCUCAGAAGUCCGUAGGGAGGAAAGCUGGAAGAAACUAAUGCUGGGAUCACAUCACCCUUUUCUCCCAGCUGAAAACUCUGCCAUGAUAGCCCAAGGAAAUUCCUUUAACCGAGACAAACAGCAGAAGAACAGACCAGUGUGCGAACACUGCAAGAAAGUUGGGCAUACUAAGGAUAUAUGCUGGAAGCUUCACGGCAAACCAGCAAACUGGAAACCAGCCCGAGAGAAAGAAGGACGUGGAAAUACUGCUGAAGCACAAACAAAUGCUGAGGUCAAUCCCUUUAGUAAAGAACAACUGGAAGCCCUUCAAAAGAUCCUGCAACAGACUCUUCAAAAUAAUACUACUGGAUCUGGUACGCUAGCCUCAAAAGGAAUCGGACUUGGAGAAGAGGAUUGGCAGUGCUAAGAUGUGUUCAGGACUCUACUUACUUCGAGAUGAAGAUGUUCAACUAUCACAAUCAAGUCCAAAACCAUGUAGUGCACUAAACUCUAG